AUGACGAAAAGAGGCAAAAAGGGUAGAGGUAAAGAUGCAAAGGGCUCACCAAAGGGCUCACCAAAGAGUGAUACAAAGCAUGCUCCAAAGCAACGAAAGAGAAGUGAAGAUUCGACUACACAGCAGCAGGAUUCCGAUGAAGAGACGGUUCUGGCCCCAGAAGAAAGUCCCGAGAAACACCUAGAACAACAGCAAUUAAUGGAUCAAGUACCAAGACAUAUACUGCACAUGAGACGAAUUUUGGAUAGCUACCCAGCAUACAACCCCAUUGAUUUCUCGAGAUCUGUCCAAGAAAGUCCGCUUAAUUUGUCUAAGGAUUCGGAUACCGGCGAAGCAGAAUCAGAACCAGCUCCCCUCAACUUAUCAAGACAUUCGGGAUCAGGUUCCAGCGCCUUGUUAAGAGAAUUGUUAUCCAGUCCCUUAACCGCUCCCACCUCUUCAAAGAGAGAUCGAUAUGGUAAUUUGGUAAAUUAUCCAGAAGGAGCGUCUAGAAGUUUGUUAAGAGAUCCAGAAACAAGUCAAGUUAGACCUUCAGGUGCUGAUCCCAGAGCUAUACCGAGUACCUCGAGAACAGGCUUAAUUUACGUGUCAAGUGAAUUGGGAGCAUUUCCAAGCGGUAGCUCGACAGCAGGUCCUAGUUACCUGUUAAGAGCUUUGGAAGCAGGUCCAAGCACUUCACACAGUGGUCCAGAAUCAGGUGCAAACAUGUAUAGAGAUCUGGGAGCUGGUCCAAGUACUUCACACAGUGGUUUGGAAACAGGUAUAGUUUAUGGGUCAAGAGAUUUGGGAGCAUAUGCAAUUACUUCACACAGUGGCCCAGAAUCAGGUGCAAACAUGUAUAGAGAUCUGGGAGCUGGUCCAAGUACUUCACACAGUGGUUUGGAAGCAGGUAGAGUUUAUGGGUCAAGAGAUUUGGGAGCAUAUGCAAUUACUACACACAGUGGCCCAGAAGCAGGUGCAAACAUGUAUAGAGAUAUUGGAGCUGGUCCAAGUACUUCACACAGUGGUUUGGAAGCAGGUAGAGUUUAUGGGUCAAGAGAUUUGGGAGCAUAUGCAAUUACUACACACAGUGGCCCAGAAGCAGGUGCAAACAUGUAUAGAGAUCUGGGAGCUGGUCCAAGUACUUCACACAGUGGUUUGGAAGCAGGUAGAGUUUUUGGGUCAAGGGAUUUGGGAGCACAUCUAAGUACUUCACACAGUGGCCUAGAAGCAGGUGCAAACGUGUAUAGAGAUAUGGGAGCUGGUCCAAGUACUUUACACAGUGGUUUGGAAGCAGGUAUAGUUCAUGGGUCAAGAGAUUUGGGAGCACAUCCAAGUACUUCAUACAGUGGCCCAGAAGCAGGUCCAAACUUGUCUAGGAACAGUGGUUUGGGAUCAGGUAGAAUUAACGUGUCAAAAGAAUUGGGAGCAUAUCCAAGUACUUCACAUAGUGGCCCAGCAGCAAGUGCAAAAAUGUAUAGAGAUCUGGUAACUGGUCCAAGUACUUCACGCAGUGCUUCGGAAGCAGGCAAAAUUUACGUGUCAAAAGAAUUGGGAGCAUAUCCAAGUACUUCACACAGUGGCGCAGAAGCAAGCCCAAACUUGUCUAGAGAUCCGAGAGCUGGUCCAAGUACUUCACACAGCGGUAUGGUAGCAGGUAGAAUGCACGUAUCAAAAGAUUUGGGAACACAUCCAAGUGCUUCACACAGUGGCGCAGAAGCAAGCCCAAACUUGUCUAGAGAUCCGAGAGCUGGUCCAAGUACUUCACACAGUGGUUUGGUAGCAGGUAGAAUAUACGUAUCAGGAGAUUUGGGAGCACAUCCAAGUGCUUCACACAGUGGCGCAGAAGCAAGCCCAAACUUGUCUAGAGAUCCGAGAGCUGGUCCAAGUACUUCACACAGUGGUUUGGUAGCAGGUAGAAUAUACGUAUCAGGAGAUUUGGGAGCACAUCCAAGUGCUUCACAUAGUGGCCCAGAAGCAGGUGCAAACGUGUCUAGAAGUUUGGGAGCACAUCCAAGUGCUUCACACAGCGGCCCAGCAGUAGUCCCAAACUUAUCUAGAGAUUUGCGAGCACAUCCAAGUACUUCAUACAGAGGCCCGGCAGCUACUAGUUACGUGACAAGAGAUAAGGGAGCAGGUUCAAGCUCUUCACACAGUGGUUCGGGAACAGGUCUCAUUUACAUGUCAACAGAUUCGGGAACAUACCCAUAUGUUUCACAUAGUACCUUGGCAACUACUAGUUAUCCGACAAGAGAUUUGGGAUCAGGUCCAAGCACUGUACAUAGUGGCUCGGGAACAGGUGCAAUUUAUCCAUCAAGAGAUUUGGGAGCACAUCCUUCAUAUAGCGGCUCGGCAGCAGAUGCUGGUUACCUGUUAAGAUAUUUAGAAGCCGGUCCGAGUACUUCACACAGUAACGUAGAAGGAGCAGGACCAAGCACUUUACAUAGUGGCUCGGGAACAGGUGCAAUUUAUCCAUCAAGAAAUUUGGGAGCACAUCCUUCACAUAGCAGCUCGACAGCAGAUGCUGGUUACCUUUUAAGAUAUUUAGAAGCCGGUCCGAAAAUUUGGGAGCACAUCCUUCACAUAGCAGCUCGACAGCAGAUGCUGGUGACCUUUUAA